AUGGCUUUACCGCUAUUAGAGAUUGCCGGCACGGCUUUUGUCGCAAUCUUGAUUUACAAUAUCAUCUCAAUAUAUACAUCGCCCCUGUCCAAGAUCCCCAGCGCAGGUUUCGGUGCAACGUUUUCCAGACUAUUAUGGACAUUUCCGCAGGAGUACAAAGGCGCCAUCACCCUCACACUACCCGAAUUACAUAAGAAACUGGGCCCUCUGAUUCGUAUCGGUCCAAACGAAGUCUCGUUUUACUCGCGCGAGACAUAUGAAACAGUUCACAAGGUCGGAAGCAAAUUUAAGAAAGACCCCAGAGUCUAUGGACAAUUCGUACAAGGCGGUCAUGCGGCUCUGUUUUCUAUAACGCAAGUUACUACCUAUGCGAACAAUUGCGAGCGCUUGACUGAUAUCCAACAGAGAUCCGGUAGAGCAUUCCAAGCGAAGGAGGAUCAUGGCACAGCUCUUUUCCCGAACGGAGAACAGCUGGCCAUGGUGGAGAAGAAUGACGAAAAGGCAACUUGGAUGCCUGUCCUAACUAAUUUCCCAAUGUUGUGUGAGUUUUGGGAACACGUUGAGCAGAGCCUGUAUACUUUGACCGGUUUUAGAACAAAGUAUUCUCAAGGCCUGCUUGACUUUCACGAUGUAGCACUCUCCGCAGAGUCAGACUACGGCACAUCCGUUAGCUCUCCAAACCUCAUACAAACGCUAUGCAAGGCCGGGCUACCGGCUGAGACUGCCUUGUCUGAGGCGGGAGAGAACCUCGGCCCAGGGACAGAUACGACUUCUGCAACACUAGCCCAUAUUCUCUGGGCUUUUUCGCAUAAUCCCACCUUUCAAGACGCUCUGUAUCAGGAUCUAGCCAGUGUUGACUUUUCAACGGACAUGACUACGCUCGAGAAUAUCCCUCGUCUCCAAGCCUGUGUCAAGGAAGGUAUUCGAUGGGCUGGUGCUGCAGCGGCCAUGCUUCCCAGGAUCGUACCUCCCGGAGGUAUUGAGCUCCAUGAUACGUUUAUCCCAGAAGGAACUGUUCUCACCUCUUCGCCCAUCUGGUACCUACAUGACGAGAACGCAUUUCCAAACCCCAAGCUGUACGAUCCAUAUCGAUGGUUAUCAAAAGAUGGAAAGGAUCUGACUGCCGAUGUCCUCCGCGAUCGUUAUUACAUACCGUUUUCACGAGGAGCGAAUUUAUGCUUGGGUGCUCAGUAA